AUGUUGGAGAGCAUCUCGCUUUUGGGGCCACUUUUGCAAUGGUUCACAGAUGUUAUGUCGGAGAUGAUGCCAAUGGUUACAUCCGACAUUGCAACGUACAUAGAUCGCUGGGAGAAUACACAGGACGUGAGCGAGCUAUACCACAUGUUUGCUCGAUUGUCAGUCUGGUACUUUGAAUGGUCUGCACCCUUGGCCAUCUUUUCGAGUGUCAAUAUAGACGCCCCGACAUUGUUCAGGAAGAACUUUAGGACAAACUUUCUGUCAACUCUACCUCGAGGAUUUCCAGUAGCUUUCCAUGCUUUGCUACGUUCUACUCUCGCUGCACCAGCCCUCGAUCCUCGCCUUUUCCCUAUCCUUGAUGUAAUGGGGUUAUUGCAAGACCAUGAAGCACUCGUGGCAAGUGUGAUUCACGAGGCUAUUGAGAAAAGGGUAAAGGAAGUAUGCGAAGAGGACAAUGGAGAGACGAGUGUACUCCAGACCGUAAAGAAUUGGUUUACGGAGAGUGUGGUUCCUUGGAUGGCUAUGACUUAUGGAAGAGGACUGACCGAUGGCAAGUUCACCGAUUUUUUCAAACCAAAGGCGCUUGCCCCUGCUGCUGGGAAAACUUCUCAGAUUUUUGAUAUUAUCGUAGACUACCCAGAUUCUCGAAUAGCUUUGACGGACCUCAAGGAAUGCAUGGAACGAGCAGAUGGGCGCGGGAAUCUUGUACGAACUUUGCGGAAGCUAAACAAUAAACGUCUGCUGCACCCAGGAGCUGACACGAAGGACAUUCUCACCCAAUACGUCUCAACUAUUCGAUGCCUACGUAUACUGGACCCGCCUGGCGUUUUGCUAUUCAAAGUAGCCGAUCCAAUCCGGAGGUACUUGAGAGAGCGACCCGAUACCAUUAGGUGUAUUGUUAGUAAUCUCGUUGGAGAUGGCAGUGAUCUAUUGGAAGAGAACGAGCAAGUCUUGCCCAUACAAGCAUUGAACGAGCCGUAUGAAGAUUAUAGUGACCCACAAUGGGAUCCAGAGCCCAAUGAUGCUGAGCCAGACUUCCGUACCAGCAAACCUGGCGAUAUCGUCAGUACAUUGGUUAGCAUUUACGAUUCUCGGGACUUGUUUGUCAAAGAACUACAGAGUAUGCUGGGCCAGCGACUCUUGGCGGUGAAAGACCACAACUAUGAUAAUGAGGCAAGUCUCCUACCGCGAUUAAUACCUGAAGGGGCAGCACUUCAGUUAUGCGAUGUAAUGCUUAGGGACGUCACUGACUCACGACGCGUUGACAAACAUGUGGCCGGCCGUUUGAACCUCUCAUUCUCGAUUGGAAUAGAUGCCUCUACAUGCAACGAUUAUAUCUCAUCUCUUUUGGCCGAACUUGCAAUCAACUUCUUUCAAAAUGCCCGGCCAGUUUCAGCAGAAGAUUUCGAAAAAGAGUACACCGAACAUAAAGCUGGCAAGAAAUUACGUUGGAUGAAUAACCUUGGGACUGUCAGCCUCGAUCUAGAGCUCGAAGAUAGGGUUGUGAGCGCCGAUGCAUCACCCCUUGAAGCAGCCGUCGUAGAAUUAUUUUCCGAGCAAAAUGUUUGGGGUAUCGACGGUUUGUCAAGCAAGCUAGGGAUUAACGAUUCUACACCUGUCCGAGCGGCACUGAUGUUCUGGACUUCUAAUGGUGUGCUUAAGCCGUUAGAAGAUGGACAAUACGAACUUUUGGAAAGAAUAGAAGCCGAAGAGAGCGUUGCGCGAAGACCAAUUUUAAGCCUACAAACACCAGCAGAGACAGCGCCAGGUCCCACUACGGAAGACGCAGCGCAACAAACUGCUCAGAUGGAGCUAUUUUGGAAUUUCAUCAAGGGGAUUUUGACUAAUCUGGGUGCAAUGCCAAUCGACCGCAUACAGGCGAUGCUUUCUCUGGCUCCUAAUUAUAAUAAAUCUAAAGAACAGCUUUCCGACUUCUUGGACGCAGCCCGAGCGAAAGGAUUGGUUGAUUACAACAAUGCAUCGCUGAAUCAGCUCAGGCUCUUCCCCCACACGGCGCUUUUCUUCAUUCUCGACGAUCAGAAUUUUGUGAUGACUGGUACACCUGACAAUCGCCCACAAGGCCCACAAGUCGUUAUUGAAAGCGCAGAGUUCAUUGUUUCACGCAGUAAACUUGUUGACCUGAACCAUUCCGGGAUCAACCGUGUAGCCGAACAGAUCGACAAACAAAUUCGUUCAGGGUUGUACUCCCCUCAUACCUGGAGCGAACAGCCAUUACACCAUCUCCCCCCAUGGCCGCUGGACGACAGCGUUGAUAUUUUUUCUCAAGAAUCCCCAGCUUGUCCAACAAUCGACUGGAUAUUUCUUGUGUCCCUGUUGAAUUUCAGUUUCUGGUCUUCACUUCCUUCUGGUCAACGCUUCGCCAUAGAAUGGUUACCUCCACGCUCGUUGGACGGUAACAUGAGGUGGGAAGGGUACUGGGCACUUCCCGCUGCCCUAAAUCGUGCUCUGGAGAAAGGUAUUCCAAUCACGGACCCAAAGUUCUAUUCAUCUCAGAGAGACUGUCCGGACAGUCUCAUCGAGAGUGUAUUUGAGCCAGCUUCAGGUUGUCUUGAGCCAAUACCAUUACUUAAGGAAAGGAUCCACGUCAUGAGGGAGGCGGGAACUAUCUUGGUCGAACGUUAUGGUGGAUCUUUUGCGGGCUUUCUUGCUGAAUGGCGUGAAGAGUAUGGUCCAAAAGCAGCAGCAGGUGCACUAGUAGCUAAGGUUACCAGAGUAUUUGAAGCCUUUCGCGAUGAAGGAACAUACAAGGACACACCAGUAUUCUUUUGGAAGAGAGCGCAAAUUCUAGUUGCUGAAACCUGGGCUGCGUUUUAUCCACCACCGGGCUCUAUCGUACCACACCCUAUUUUUCCCUUGGGGGUGACAGAAUUGACUAUGUUCGCAGACUAUAGAGUGCCUCAAAUCCUUCAUCAUUUGGGAACCAUCGAUUAUUCACCAAUACUGGUCUCGAUGUUACUUAACGGCGAGAACCUUCCAAAUGGAUCCGAGGCAGAAAUGAGCAUUCGUGCUGCGGGAAUUCUUGCUGUGGAGGGGAUCAAAAAUAGGAUACUAGACAUACGAAGACGCAAACCUGCCGCAAAUAAUCUAGACUCUGAGGUUUGUAGCGUUUUAAUCGAUUUCUUCCUAUGGGACCUUGCCAAGCGAGUGGAGAGUACAGAAGGAGAAGAGGGCUCAGCGAAAACUCCUUCGAUUGCUCCCAUCCAUCGUACCAGAAGUAUCUGGUACUGA